UUUACUGACCUCGAUGUAUUGGAAAGACAGCUAUAUUUCCUCAAGAGUAUUUAUACUGUUUUAUAAGAGGGAAGGAAAAUUUUCGUCCUCCAUGUGGUUGGAGGUGGGGAAUGCUGCUGAAGGAUUUGGCUCCUCCUCUCAGCGGUAACGGGCUCUCAGACCAACACCUGGUUUCUCCAGCCUCAAUGGGGAAAGGCGGGGUGAUUGCCCUUUUCGGCUUGCAGCCGACUACAGCUCCCAAAGUGCUUUGUCCCCGCCCAUAUCCUUUCCUCAGUUUGCUUCCCGCGGGGCCUGACGGGAAUUGUAGUUGAUGGGAGGUACCCACGCCGCCUCAUCGGCCAAUGAAAAAGAAUAUAGUUCUGCAGGAUUUGGAGUUUGGGGCUGGGAAGUAACCCCAGGGCUGUGGUGAAGCCUUUUCGCUACCCUAAUAGAAGAGCGAAAAGGGUUAGAAAAGGGAGUCAGGGAAGAGUAUUUUCUCGGAACGCGGUAGGGAUUUUCGAUUCCUACUAUUUGCACUCUAUUACUUUCCGUUUGUGCCUUUGAAGUCACUUCCGUUUUGGGACGGACACAGGCCAAACCCGUGGCGGGAGUUGGAGAUUCUGCAGCGGAUACACCAGGAUCAUCAUGUCCAGAGAUCAUAACAUUAAAAAGUCUCUUACACCUCAAAUUUCUUGUUCGACAAGUGAAUCUUAUAAACAGCUGGAUUUUUUGCCUGACAAACUAAGAGCAAAGCUGCUUCCUUUCCAGAAAGAUGGCAUCACUUUUGCCCUGAGAAGAGAUGGCAGGUGUAUGGUGGCUGAUGAAAUGGGUCUAGGAAAGACAGUUCAGGCAAUUGGCAUCGCUUACUUCUAUAAGGAGGAAUGGCCUCUUUUAGUGGUGGUCCCUUCAUCUCUGAGGUAUCCUUGGACCGAGGAAAUAGAGAAGUGGAUCCCAGAGCUGAGUCCUGAAGAAAUCAAUGUCAUCCAGAAUAAAACUGAUGUUGGGAGAAUAUCAACCAGCAAAGUGACAGUUCUGGGUUAUGGCCUUUUAACCACAGAUGCGGAGACUUUGAUAGAUGCACUGAAUAAUCAGAACUUCAAAGUCGUUAUUGUAGAUGAAUCACACUACAUGAAGUCCAGAAGUGCAACUCGCAGCCGGAUUCUAUUGCCCAUUGUACAGAAAGCCAAACGAGCCAUUCUGCUUACAGGAACUCCAGCUCUGGGAAGACCCGAAGAGCUUUUCAUGCAGAUUGAAGCUCUCUUUCCACAAAAAUUUGGAACAUGGACUGAGUAUGCCAAAAGAUACUGUAAUGCACAUGUCAGAUAUUUUGGUAAAAGACCUCAGUGGGAUUGCAGAGGGGCAUCAAACCUUAAUGAACUUCAUCGGCUAUUAAGUGACAUAAUGAUUAGAAGAUUAAAGACUGAAGUUUUAACCCAGCUGCCCCCUAAAAUCAGACAGCGUAUUCCAUUUGAUCUUCCAGCAGCAGCAGCCAAGGAAUUGAAUUCCAGCUUUGAAGAGUGGGAAAAAUUAAUGAGAGCUCCAUAUUCAGGUGCUACCGAGACUGUCAUGGGGUUGAUUACUCGCAUGUUUAAACAAACUGCUAUUGCCAAGGCAGGUGCUGUAAAGGAUUAUAUUAAGAUGAUGCUUCAGAAUGAUUCACUUAAAUUUCUGGUUUUUGCUCACCAUUUAAGCAUGCUCCAAGCUUGCACAGAAGCAGUUAUAGAAAACAAGACUCGUUACAUCAGGAUAGACGGAAGUGUUCCAUCUUCAGAAAGAAUACAUCUGGUUAAUCAGUUUCAAAAGGAUCCUGAGACUCGUGUAGCUAUCCUCAGCAUUCAGGCUGCUGGUCAGGGUUUGACAUUUACUGCUGCAACUCAUGUUGUGUUUGCUGAGUUGUACUGGGACCCUGGACAUAUAAAACAAGCAGAAGACCGUGCUCACCGGAUUGGACAGUGCAGUUCUGUGAAUAUUCAUUACCUUAUUGCAAAUGGGACUCUAGAUACCCUUAUGUGGGGAAUGUUGAAUCGUAAGGCUCAGGUUACAGGGAGCACACUGAAUGGGAGGAAGGAAAAGCUUCAGGCCGAGGAGGGUGAUAAGGAAAAAUGGGAUUUCCUGCAGUUUGCUGAAGCUUGGACUCCAAAUGAAAGGUCUGAAGAGCUCAGGGAUGAAAUGUUGUUCACUCAUUUUGAAAAAGAAAAACAGCGUGAUAUUCGAUCAUUCUUUUUACCAAACACUAAGAAAAGACAGUUGGAGACCUCCUGUGAUGAAUCAAGGGUAUCCCAGCAGAAAAAUACUGUAGUGCCAGCAGACCCUGGAAAAACAGCUACAAGAGAUGAUGAAAGCGAUCUUGCACCUGAAGCUAAAAAACUGAAAUCGGUCACCAUUGAUGACCCUUGCAGGCCCCCUGAAGAGAAACCAUGCCGGCCUGGGCAGGCCGAAGCUCGGCUCGCGGUUGGGGCCUGUGAGGCCGAGGCCCAGGCCACCACCCCAGGCCUUCGCGGGGAGGGCUGGCAGUGUGCUCUCUGCACCUACAUCAAUGAUUCGGCGUCACCUCACUGCGAGAUGUGUGAGAGUCCGCGGGCCCGUGCUGGUAGCCUCAGCCACACCCAGAAUAAAAACAAAAACGAGAAAGAUGAUUCUCAGGACACCUCCGAAAAAAUUCACACUAGUUCUGACGGAGAGAAACAAGUCCUGGCACAUUCAGCACCUGAACUGUUAGCUGAGAGCAAGGAAGAAAUUUCAAAAGUUGAGAGUGAAGACAGGCGCAUCCCCCAGCCAGGUGAUGAACAGUUGAAGAGUUCAGAUGCUUGGCCAGUGUAUGACACCCUGAUGUUUUGUGCAAGUAAGAAUACUGACCGGAUUCAUGUCUAUACUAAGGAUGGAAACCAGAUGAACUGUAAUUUCAUUCCUUUGGAUAUAAAAUUAGACCUGUGGGAAGAUUUACCAGCAAGCUUUCAGCUGAAACAAAAUCGCUCCCUGAUCUUGAGGUUUGUUCGAGAAUGGAGUAGUCUAACUGCCAUGAAGCAGAGGAUCGUCAGGAAAAGCGGGCAGCUGUUCCGCAGCCCAGUUCUGGCUCUGGAAGAGAUCGCAAAGCAGCAAACCAAACAAAACAGCGCUAAGAGAUAUAUAACGAAAGAUGAUGUUGCUGCAGCCUUGAUGGACAAGGUGAAGAAUGACGGAGGCCACGUCCGACUGAUCACAAAGGGGCCCAGGCCAGGGAACCCUUCUACAAAAGAAUUUCUUGAAGAUGGAGAAGGUGUCCCAUUUCUAAAUGCCUGUACAGCCCACAGUGAUCUCACUCUGAAGGCUUCUACAUCCAAAGGCUAUUUGCAGGCUGUGGAUAACGAAGGAAAUCCACUUUGCCUUCGGUGUCAGCAGCCCACUUGCCAAACUAAGCAAGAGCGUAAAGCAAAUGCUUGGGAUUCACGGUUCUGUUCUCUGAAAUGUCAGGAGGAGUUUUGGAUUCGAUCUAAUAAUAGUUACCUGCGAGCCAAACUAUUUGAAAUUGAACAUGGUGUGUGUCAGCUGUGUAAUCUGAAUGCACAAGAACUCUUUUUACGUCUGAGAGAUGCCCCUAAAAGUCAGAGGAAGAGUCUUCUGGAUGCUACCUGGACCUCAAAGCUCCCAUUGGAACAGCUCAACGAGAUGAUAAGCAGCCCAGGGGAAGGGCUCUUCUGGCAGGCAGACCACGUCCGGCCCGUGUCUGGAGGAGGAGGGCAGUGCUCCCUGGACAACCUGCAGACCCUCUGCACAGUCUGCCACAGAGAGAGAACUGCCCGUCAAGCCAAGGAAAGAAGCCAGGUGAGAAGACAAUCUUUAGCAUCAAAACAUGGAUCAGACAUCACACGAUUUUUGGUACAUACGCGCGAGAAACUAGGUGUGGAUGAGGAGCGGUCCCCAGAAUGUUCACAGAGCACCAUUUAUAGGAGCAAAACCUCUUGGACCACCCAAAUAUUUGUAACAGAAGACUGGAUAAACUAGAUAUUCCACAACAAAAUAGUACACAGCUGUGAAAAUUAGUGAACUUUGGUUAUGCACAUCAACAUGAGAGGGGUUCAUAAAUAGAGACUACAAUCCAAGCAAGUCAGGAAGACUACACACAGUUUUUGCCAUACAAAGAUCAGACACACACAAGACAUGAUAAGGAGUACCCUGAGACUGUGUAUAACACAUUCCUAUGUGGUGAAAGUGUAAAGAAUAGCAAGGCAUAGCCAGCAGGAAACUCAGAGAGAGUGGUUACACUUGGGGGGUGGAGGAAAGGGCAUGCAACCAAAGAGGGGACACAGGAGCCUUUCAGUGUUCAAAAAUGCUCUCCUCCUAAGCCAGGUUUCAGGUUACAGGUGAUUAUUAGCAUUCUUUGUGCCUUUUAACAUAUACAAAUUUGGAAUCCAAAAUAGUUCAUAAUAAAAAUGGUACCUGGCUUAGAUAAAAGAAAUAAUAGUAAAUGUACUUUUUGUCGACUCUUCCUUUUUUUUUUUAAAGCGGAAUAGUCCUAUAUAGUGCAAAGGUUCAAUGGAUUAAAGGAAGACACAAGUCAAACACGGUCCCUGCCCAUCAAGAUUCUGCAACCUAGCAGAAUCAAAGAGCCUUUAUAUUUGUUGUAUAACGUGUCCUGACAAUCACAGCAGGCCUCCUCUCUACCAGCAGGAGGUAACUCAUUGGAUUAACUAGUACAAGGCUACGAAGAGCUGGGCAAAUGUACUGGAGGUGGCCUGCAGGAUGGGGUGUAUAAGGAAGGGACCUGAUCAGCUGGUGAAUUGGAUGAAUAGGCAGAAGGGUGGGGUUCCCAAACAGCUUCACCUAUCGCAUAGCUUUGCCAUAAAGCUGCCCUGAAUGAUAGGAAUGCCGUGGCAGAUCAAAGGCAGACACCAUCUCAUUUUGCCACCUGAAUGACUGCUUACCCUGUUCUGAAAUACUUGGCGGCACAGAAGUAUCUCCAAGGAGCAUCAGUGCGUUUACCUACCUGUAGGUGCUGGGACCUGCCCAGGGGCUCCUUCCGCUCUGCUGGGUGCCGCCUCCUCAUCCUGACCCUGAUCCUAGGCCUGUGUUCAGGGAACUUACAUAGCAUUUUCCUGGUGUUGCACGUGACACUUCUGUGGAAGAAUGCCUAGUGAGUGGACGUUCCCCUGAGAAGCGUCCUGCCAAGAGGCCUCACUUGCUCCUCGACCCUGAGCUCUGCCAGCAGCCCCAUGACAGGAUCUCUAGAAGAGGCUGUUAGGGAAGAUGUUCGCUGAAAGGGCUCAUGACGUCCUUCCCAGGGUCCACCCCGGUCCUCACAGAAAAUACUUGCCUUGGAUGUUGUCCCUGAAGGAUGGACGUAUCCUGGGAGGAAGGCCGUCCCUCCUGAGCUCCAGGAGGCUUCAGCUCUUUUAUAUACAUUGCUGUUUUAACCUAAGCUACAAACAGUAGAAGUCUCCAUGAGGAACAAGCAAAAACACUACAUUUUUUGAUGGCACUUACCUUUGACACUCAGGGACUGGUAGCAUCCACAUACCUGGAGAGGGAUAGUGGGCAUAUCUUCCCAGGACUAUAUCUCCAGGCUUGCCUCCUCGGAUCCCCUCCACAUGACCACUGAGGACGGUCAUUAUAAAACACCAGUGGGAUCAGUUCCCUUGUUUUCCAUUAUUAAUCACUUUAGGAUACUCAUACCAGCUGCCCCUUCAAAAAAACAAUCCUAAGUGGGCUUCCUAGGCGGCUCAGCUGGUAGAGAAUCCACCUGCAAUGCAGGAGACCCUGGUUCGAUUCCUGGGUCAAGA